AUGUCUGUGACCAGCGAGAAGAUGGGGCCAUCCCUGACCCAGGAGAUCCUCAGCCACCUGGGUCUUGCCAACAAGGCUGCAGCUUGGGGGACCCUGGGCACCCUCAGGACCUUCUUGAGCUUUAGUGUCGACAAGGACGUGCAGAGGCUGCUGAGGGCCAUCGCAGGCCAAGGUGUGGACCGCAUUGCCAUUGUGGACGUGCUGACCAAUCGGAGCAGAGAGCAAAGGCAGCUCAUCUCUCGAGCUUUCCAGGAGCGCACCCAACAGGACCUGCUGAAGUCCCUGGAGGCAGCGCUCUCCGGCAACCUUGAGAGGAUUGUGGUAGCCCUGCUGCGGCCGGCUGCCCAUUUGGAUGCUCAGGAAUUGAGGACGGCCUUGAAGGACUCGGGUUCUGCUGGGGAUGUGGUUGUGGAAAUUCUUGCUACCCGCACCCCACCCCAGCUGCAGGAGUGCCUGGCAGUCUACAGACACGAUUUCCAGGUGGAGGCUGAGGAGGACAUCAAGUCUGAGACCAGCGGCACCUUUCGGGACCUGCUCCUGGCCCUGGCCAAGGGGGCCCGUGAGAGCUACUCUGAAAUCAUUGACUACAACCUAGCGGAACAGGAUGUCCAGGCACUGAAGCGGGCUGAAGGACCUGGCACAGAAGGGACAUGGGUUGUCAUCCUCACCCAGAGGAAUCCUGAACACCUCGUCCGAGUGUUUGAUGGGUACCAGCGGUGCACCGGGUGCGAGCUGGAGCACACCGUCCGGAGCCGCUUCCAUGGGGAUGCCCAGGCGGCUCUGCUCAGCCUAGCCUCGGUGAUCAGGAACACAGCACUGUACUUUGCUGAUAAACUUCAUCAAGCCCUCCAGGAAACUGAGCCCAACUACCACGUCCUGAUGCGCAUCCUUAUUUCUAGAAGUGAGACUGACCUUCUAAGCAUCCGAGCUGAGUUCAAAAAGAAAUUUGGGAAGUCCCUCUACUCUUCCCUCCAGGACGCAGUGAAAGGGGACUGCCGGCUAGCCCUGCUAUCCCUGUGCAGGGCUGAAGACCUUUGAGACGCCUCCCCUCUCCAUCCCCACAUGACAUUCAAGGAUCUGAGACGCCCAUAUUUGGCUGAGCCUGUAGGAGACCAGCUGGGCCUCCAACUAGGAUAACCCCUCACUGAGUGUCACGUGUUCCAGCAUCUUGUUGAGGCUGGAACUCGAAGUUUUCUGUUAAAUCCCUUAAUUUCCAUCAUCUCAAAGUGAUAUCUGCACGUGGGUCCCCUGGUUCUGCCUUGGGUGUGGGUUAAUGGGAUCUCCUGGAUAGUUUCUGCCCUGCUCGUUCUUGCCACGCCCUGGGCAGAGCAUCUCACUGAUACUGGUAGUCUUUUAGCCAGUUUCAUUCUUGUUUGUGUUCCCUGGUUGAAGUUUGGGUGGAGCAGGACAUGGGGCUGGGAGGAGGCCUUGAAGGUGAAGGUGCCUUUGAUGUGCUUUUGGCUAUUCAACAGGAAUCCUGUUUUGAGCUCUA